CAAAAUUCAGCAGGGAAGAACCUGGCUGAAGCAAGGAUGAAUUGCUGACAGCCGAUACCAUCUGCAGUGACAUCGCAUCUGCUGGCUGGGUCAUCCUGCAGUAUCUGAGGCAAACAACACAAAAGAAAGAUGUUUUGAACACUCGGAGAGUAUCUGCUUGAACAAGUGGCAUUAAAAUUGCACGUCAGUUCUCUCAUCAUUUAAACUGCAUGCCAGUUAUGCGGAAUUUUGAAAAAAUAAUGAAAAAAAGCAGAAGCCUACUAACCCAGACAUACCUAUUUGACUGGCAAGGUGUGGAUUAUGGAAGAACAACUGAUGAACAACUGCAUCCUUGAUCAAUUUAUUAAUAGCCAUGAGCAGUCAUACGAAGAGUUUCUAAGCACAUUCACUUACCUUUUGAAAGAAGAAGAGAUGAAGAUGAUUCAAGGAUGUAAAAAAUCCUUAAGAAAAUCAUUUUCUGAUUCUGACAUCUCAAAUGGAAAUAAACAGGAUGGUUUCCCUGAAAGAAGCAAGGAAAAGCUCAUGUCUGUCCUACCACAGACUCCAAAUGAGAAUAAGACGGUCAUAAAUGAGAGCUGGAAAUCUGGUGACUCUGAUGGAAAUGGCCUCAGUCUAUCUGAAAGAGCUCAGGUGGACCAUUACUUAGAAACAUACAUAGAUGGAGAGCCACGCAAUGCAGGGUCAUUUGUUCUUCCAGGAGAGGUGGAAGAGAUAGGGACUUGCUCUCCACUUCCUUUAGAAAAGUCUUUUCAGCAGAAGCUCAAAAUCUCCUCAGUUCAAGAGCCACUGGACAACAAAGCAGAAGAGCUACUGGGAGAUGAUGUUCAACCAUUCUUACUUGAUGAAGAAUUUGAUUAUGACAACGUGGCACUGACCUCUAAGUUCUCUGAAGCUGAGCUGAUGCCCAUGUAAGAAUUGUCUGAAGAGAAGGGGAGAGAUGUAAAGUCCAGCAGGAGCUGAAGACUGAAUCAGAUGCACUCUGAAUGGCAUUUUGUGCAAUGCUGAUGAAAUAGCAUUCUGGAGAAUAAAUCUUACUUCUUGUACCCUUACUAGAUGCUUUUUGUCUGCGUGGACAAUAAAUGACAUCCUCAGGAUUUUCUUUGUUCCAUCAAGGUGCCUUGGAGCCUGAGGUUGGCUUUCUCUACGCCUCCUAGUCUUAGUCUGAAUGAAAACACAGAAUAGGAAGGUAGUGCUUGCUCAAAGCCACUUGUAUAGUAGCCCUUCAGCAGUGAGGAAUGUUUACCAUCUUUUUAUAUUUUGUGCAUUGAUUUGCUUAGGUAUUCAGGUUGACUAAGAAGGUCUCUGUCAGUCCCUAAAUCCAAAGGGAGUUUUGCAUAGAUCAGUGGCCUCACUGUUGCUCAGCUUCUUUGUUGUUUUUGAUGUGGUACGAAGCAGCUGGAAGAUGUCUCAAAUGAGAGCUGUGAAUUCCCAUUUGUUAAAUAAAAAAAUAAUAAAGUAAAAUCCCUGACUGCAGUAAAGCCCACAUAGCCUCUAGGCAUGCUGGAAUAAUUGCUCCAUGAAACAUAAACAAGCUGGUGUGAUUCAGAAUAGCAGGCAUGGCUACUCUCGCUUAUAUUUGGUACUGACUAGCCUACAGCUAGUCCUAAAGCUGUCUUUGCUUAUUUCUUUCUGUAAUGUAGAGCUGAAGGAACUUUUUGCAGCUGACAUGUUGGUCUAUAGACUCUUUCUCUGUCACUGCAAGAUUUUAAGAUGUGGAGUUAUACCAGUGAAUAAAUUUGGGGGUAUAUUUUUCUUUCUUCUGAGUUGCUUUAGUUCUGAGACAUAAAUAUGCCAGGUUACCGUAAACUCUUUUGAGAGAGUUGAUCAAAAUUGCUGUUGUGUAACUACUGACAGUUAAACUUCCAGUGCUACAAAAAUCUACCCAGACAGAAAGAAACAUAGUGAAUUAAUCCAUUAAAGAAAUUGGUGUUGAGAGGCUGUCAGAUUUAACUUUUUUUUUGUUUCUGAGAUGAUUUUAGGUACCAGCUUAUGGUUUAUACUCGGCAUCACUGAAAUUCAGCAAGCUCUGGAGAUUGGUAGAAUACAAGACUGUUUUGCUCCUUUGUCAGAAAUUUCUAAGAGCAAAGAAUGGGAUGAAUGAGAAAUAAAUUCUGGAAGAGGUCCAAGAGUAAAUCCAGGAGGAGGAAAUAGAAAGCUGCUCUACAAAAUUAGCAAGGUCAGCCUUUGAGGGCAUCAACAGAGAAUCAGGGAAUGCCACUUCCUUAGCAUAGGUACUUAUUGUAAAUAAAGUAAAUACAGUAAAGAAUCUUUAGUUUAAGAAAGCUCUGUACAGUCUGUCAUUUUGAAAACGAAUCAACCUUAAAGAUGGGCUUUUGUGAGUUCACAAAAUGACUGAUGAUGAAUUUGGCACUCUUUACAUAUAUAUUUCUAGAAAAGUAUGAAGUACAAAUCUAUAGAUAAGUUGUGUUGGAGUUCUGUUGUCACUAUAGUCAGUGAUGACUUAUCCAGGAGUUCAUAAUGAUCUUCAGGCCAAAUCAGCUCUGGAAACUAAGUGCAUUUCCUAUUCAUUUCAUUAACAAUCUUUUUCUGUACAUGAGGGAGACAUUCAGCCAUUCAGUUCCUCCUCUCACAGGCAGAUGAUUCUCUUACCAAAUGUUCAGAGUGCCUAUUAAGCUCAAUAAGUGUCAUUCAGUAUACUCAUUAUAUGGUUCCAUUAGAUAUAAAGAAACACUGCUGCAGAAUCCCCAACAAAAUGGGAACUCUGGUAACAUUCAUCCUAAGCAGAGAAAUUAGGAUAAUUUACUUAAAUUUACAUUACUUUUUGCUCUUUUUUGCUCUUUGUUAGCAGAGACAGAUAUGAUAAUCUCCACCACAGUGGAGAUUAGCCAGUGUAGGCUACCUUUUUCAAGUGUGACAUAUUGGCUUUAUUGGAUAUACUGAUGGUUGUUUUUGGCUUGUAACUUUUAACUGACUAUCCUUCACAGAGAAGGCCUGUUUUCCUUUUCUCCAUUACCAAAUCAUCAUUUUAAAAAAUGUACUUGAUUUGCAUUUUAGAUUUUAUACAUAUACAUGGAGUUAGUUACCUGGAUUUGUAUCUAUAUUUCUGUGGUGUUUUGUAAUCUGAAUAAUAUGUAUUUUUCCUCUUUAUUAUUUUAGGCAUUCAGCAUGGUAAGGUACACCCUCCUUUCCUGUUUAUGGUUUUUCUAAACACUUUUCCAGUUUUCGAAAUCAUUAAGGGUAAAAACUCACAAUGGAAAAGGAAAGUGUGUGCUUCCUGGAGUCAGCUUUGUGAUGAUUGCAGUAGGGAGUGGGUCUGGCUUUCUAACUCAGUGAAAGAAGUGUAAAAUCUCUGAUGUUGGGUGAAUUCAUAGGAAAUAAAGGCUGUGUGAUGGAACUUUCUAA